AUCAGGUAUUCCUGGAAUGUGCCACAGGUUCGAACACCCUGGGGUCGUACACUGUGGCUCCAUGGCAAGCAGCUGUGGGUGGAGCUUUUACUAUGACAUCAUGAGAGGGAGAGGAGAGGAGAGGUAUAACAGUGCUCAGACACCUGCAGACUAACAGCAGCAGCAGGAGGACAUACAACACAGCUGUAACUGUACGGAUACCAGUCAGCAACACAGCAGAGCUUCAUCCAUCUGCUAUCAACUAUGUCUACUAACAAGAGUGUGCUUCUUCUCAUCACUCUCUGGGCUUCCAUGCAGAAUGGUUUGGGUCUUCCGGUGGUGAAACAGCUGGAAGUGGAGUCCAGUGACGGCGUCCCAACACAUAGAGAGAGGACCAAGCGCUGUGCCUGCAGCAGCCCGCUAGACUCUGAGUGCCACUACUUCUGCCACCUGGACAUCAUUUGGGUCAAUACGCCAAGUAAGACAACAGUUUAUGGUCUAGGCAGCGCUCUGUCUCGACGCAGGAGGUCCACUUGCCGCUGCACCUGUGCCAACCCCGAUGAUCAAACCUGCACCAACUUCUGCCUUCACAGCAAGAGCAAGAGAUCUGUAAAGAGACGUCAGCUCGACAUACUCAGCAUCCUAAGAGCUGUGGCCAGCAGAUCCAAAAGAGCCCUGGGUGAGCCUGAUUCAGACGAGGCUCGAAGGAGGGACACUCGCUAAAAACAAUGUGGCUGUUGAGGCAGCAAGAGUGAGAGAAAGAGAGCAACGAGCACCUGAACAAAUGAUGCUCCUUUGAUAGAGAGGGGGAAAUAAAGGGCUGCUGAAAGAGCCGACGCAGGAAGGCCAAAGCGCCGCAGAGACGUCUGUUCGUGCCCAGGAAUAGAGGGUGAAAAACGUGACAGUGCUCUGCAAACACAACAUGGAGACAGAUGUGGAGGAUCAGCACUGAAAGGAGCCUCUGUCAGGAUGGAGAAUGCUGCGCCUGUGGUCAUGUUUGACUCUGUAGGAGCUGGAGCAGUUGUCUCUGUGUCACUGUACAGACAGGCCAGGCCAGCGCUGACACAGAUGGAUGUGACAGGGGGAAAAGGGUCACGCAUACUGUACAUACAUGUACAGGAAUUCCUGACAUACAUGGCAUGUGUUUACUCGUUAGUUUGUAAAAUACAUGUAAUAUCUUUCUUUUUAUGGAUCAACAGAUCUAUUAAAUUACACCUUAAGUAAAUUAACUUGUGUUAUGACCUAGUUGACAGUUCAUGUUAUGUAUAAGAGUAAAACUAAUGUUGCUUUAUGAAGGAUUAUUGUUUGCAAAAGUGUA